UGUUCGAUCGUGUUGUUUACACUUUUUUAACACUAACAGCCUGAAUAUGAAGGUGUUUGAUCCCAUUUCAACCCACCUUUUUAUGUCUGAAAACUCAAAACACCGAAAUUCAACCAACGAAAGAGAGGUAUCAUGACCAAGACAGUUGAGUUACAUGUAUAACACUUUUUGUUUAGAAGAGAGCUCAAGCGAGGGAGCCAUCAUUGAGCCAGUUGACAAAAAACAUUGAUUAUUGCUGCAGCUUCAAAAUGGUUCUUUCAGUUUCAAUUCGCUAAAUAACAAGCUAUUGUCAAGGUUGUCAAGGUUCACACCACCCCACAUACGACCCACACAAUGAAUUUGAAGUGUAGUAAGCGUGUGUGUUCUGCUUUUAGUUUCUGUUCAAACAUGGAGCAGCCAUGAGUUUCAACCUUUGAUCAGUUUUAUCACUCAGAAUGAGGUGCGGGCAGACCUAUAUAUGCUAAUGAACGGACUGACACCGGUGGCUGACCUCCAUGAUCGAUUGCAGGGACUGGGAAAUCCCAUUUCACCAAAAUAGCCGUUUUCAUCCGCGCCAAAUGAGUUGUAUGCUGAAGUACUACUAGUUGGUCAUGUCGGUCUAGUGCUAUCCCUCUCCUCCUCUCGCCAGCAAGAAUUGUAAAAAUUGAAUUUAUUUAAUCAACUCUGACAAGCCACCACAAUGGAAUUCCCUCAAUCAGCAGCACUGACAGCUGUGUUAGGAGUUGCAAUACUUUGGAUUCUGUGUUGGCGUCGAAGUGGAAGUAAACGGAAAUUCAAACGACGGAUUCCAGGUGUUCCUGAUCAACCAGUGGAGUACAACAUUCAAGAAGGAAAGGGUAUGCCAGCUAUUCCUGGAAGAGUUGCAAGAGCUCUUUUGAAACUAACCCAUUCGCUUCUUGGAAAGGUCUUCCUAAUGCCUUCAGUCAUGAGAAAAACAAAUGUGUUAAUCUUGCGGGAUAUUUUGAUGAAGGACUUGCCAACCUUUGCACCUCUGAUCCCAUGGGAGGGGUCUAAAACACCCAAGAAGUCGAAGGAUGCAGUGGACUUGAUGAAGUCUUUGGCAAGUAAAGCUGAUGCCGGCAAGAAACUGGAGUCGGACUUCCACUUUAUGGAUAUAUCGGACUUUCACAACGCUUACAGUAUAGGGAAGCUGACCCCGACUGAUGUAGCUAUAAAAGCAAUCAAAAAUAUCAAAGAUUCCGACGCUGUUGAACCCAAACUGAGAGCGUUCGUUGAGAUCAACGAAGAGCAAAUCUUGGAGGCUGCUAAAGAGUCUACGAAUCGUUAUCAGAAAAACAAGCCGCUGUCGGUCUUAGAUGGAGUUCCUGUUGGGAUCAAGGAUGAAAUUCAAGUGGCAUCCCAUCAUCUUCGAAUGGGUUCAACCUAUAUGGGCCACAGCCUUGAGACGGAGGAUUCCGAGGUGAUACGGAGACUGAGAGCAAACGGAGCCAUUAUCUUGGGAAUGACCAACAUGCAAGAGAAUGGAAUGGGAACAACUGGAAUCAAUAUUAGCAAGUAUCAUGGUACACCAAGGAAUCCUUACAAUGUCAACCAUUUCACUGGUGGAAGCUCCAGUGGAUCAGCUGCUGCAGUGGCUGCAGGUCUAUGUCCAGUUGCUCUCGGUACCGACGGUGGUGGCUCAGUGCGAAUACCAGCAACAUUUUGUGGCACCGUUGGAUUGAAACCGACAUUUGCUCGCAUCCCGUGUCUAGGCUCACCUGUUAAUGGUUUCUCUGUAUGCUCAUUGGGUCCACUGUGUAACAGUGUUAGAGAUGCUGCAAUAGCGUAUGCUUGCAUCGCUGGUCCCUGCCCUUCUGACAGUCUCUCCAGUAAUCAACCACCAGUAGAACUGACUGGAUUCAACGACAAAGAUUUGAAGGGAAUGAAGCUUGGAAUCGAUAAGCAAUUCUAUGAACAUGCUGAUCCUGAAAUUGUUGGAGCCUGUAAUAAAGCUCUGGAUGUCCUAAAGUCUCACGGAGCUGAAGUUGUAGACAUUCAGAUUCCAGAGUUAGAGGAGGCAAGGAUUGCUCAUAUCAUCACCAUCUUAGCUGAGAUGAGAUCCAGUCUACAUGAAGCUUUCUGUAACCAGUACAGUGAACAGUAUUUUGAGAAUGCAGGUCUGUUGUCUACCACUGAAAUGCUGACCACUACUGAUUAUAUCCAAGCUCAGAGGCAGAAGACUCGAACCAUCACUUUCCUGAAGAGCAUCUUCAAAGAUGUGGAUGUCAUCUUGCUGCCUGGUAAUGCAAUACUGGCUCCUGAGAUCAAACCAGGAUAUCUCAAACAUGGCUUCAGUGAUACAUCCAUGACGGCGGAUAUAAUAAGGCACGUCUUCUUAGCUAAUCUAACUGGAAUACCAGCCAUGACGGUACCGGUUGGUUACAGCAUGGAGGGUCUACCGAUCUCUCUUCAGAUCAUGGGUGCUUGGUGGAAAGAAAGUACCAUCUUACAAGUCGGUCGCUUUGCCGAGAAAUGUCUGGAGAAAAGGAAACCUGAUGUUUUUUAUGAACUCUUGUAGUCAAAGACUGGUGUACUUUUGAGUAUUAAAGGCACUGGACACUAGUGGUAAUUACUCAAAAUAAUUGUUAGCAUUAAACUAAUUACUUGGUAAUGAG